AAAAAAAAAGUGGGACCACAAGGAUGUAAGCCCCGUUCAGUUAGUCCUAAAGGACCAAGUGAAUGACUGUAAGAUCGGCCAGUUAGCUUCGGGCUGGGGAGCUCAUAUGGCUCCACACACGUCUCAGCCCAACUCCCCAAAGCCUUCGAAGUUCACCCGUUUCCGGAGCUGCAUCUCUGCAGUAAUGGGCCCGGGGACUUUCCUGGGCCUUUACUCUAUGGUUAGUAGAACUAGGCCCAUUCACUUCUCCUUGUGGUAAGGUAUACACAAAAGUCAAAAGCUAACAUAUAUACAUCUAUUAAAACCUGUAUUUAACCUAUGUGGGACUAAGUUUUAAUAACAAACUGAAUUAUAUAUAAAUUUAUUAAAGUCUCAAACUCGAAUAGAGAGACUUUUCUGAAAAAAUGGGAAGCGAAAGAAUAUCUGAGAAGAAGCAGAAGACCAGUCGGAAGAGAAGUUCUUCUCCUUCACCUUCACCUUCCCAAGAUGAGGGUAGAAGGAAGAGGCAUAAAUCAGUUGAAGAUGAAGAAAGGAAAAGUAGAAAGAAGAGUAGUAGUGAUAAGAAAGAGAGGCAUAAAGACAAGAAAAGCCAUAAACGCCAUUCUGAAACUGAUAAAGACAAGAAAUUGAAGGAUAAGCACAAAGAUAAAGAUGGGAAAGGUGAUCAAAUGAAUUAUGAGUUCAAGGAGCUUACCAAAGAUGACUACUUCUCCAAGAACAAUGAGUUUGCCACUUGGCUGAAAGAUAAGAAGAAGAUUUUCUUCUCAGAUUUGUCGGCAGAGGCUGCCCGUGAUAUGUUCACCGAUUUCAUCAAGGCAUGGAACAAACACAAACUUGAUUCCCGGUACUACGAAGGCAUUGUUAGCGGACCCAGGACUGCACAUAAGUGGAAAAUCAAGGCUUGAAUUUAGAAAAACAUCAUCAGAAACAAGCUCAUCUUGUUUUAAAGUUAAGAUCUUCUCAGUUUUGUCGUGUAUUUUAGGAGCUUUGUAGUCUACUCAGUUAUACAGUGUUUGUGAUUUUAGACAGUGAAAUGGAAAAUGGAAAGAAGGAAAAUUGAUCCUA